CAAAUACAUACUCCCCACCACCAUUGGAAAGCUUACAACAGGUAUUUCCAACCACAAUCAUGUCGCCUUCUAAUGAGAUUGUCACGAGGUCACAGACCGCAGUGGCUACCGUCUCACCAGAGCAGACCCUCAAGGCAUGCAAAGCUCUGCUCGCCCACAUCCACAAGACCACAAAGGCCAAGACCUCCGACCCCAGCAAGAAGAAUUUGCUCCAAGAAGAUGACGAGGCCGUCGCCGAGACGCCCAUCUGGCUGAAUCUCACCACGAAGCGCCACAUCGCCGACUCCAACCGCCUCAAGCCCGGCAAGAUCCGCCUCCCGCAUUCCCUGAACGACGACGAAAACACCACCAUCUGCCUCAUCACCGCCGACCCGCAAAGGGCGUACAAAGACGUCGUCGCCUCGCCCGAGUUCCCCGAGGCCCUGCGCAAGCGCAUCACCCGCGUCAUCGACUACUCCCACCUCAAGGCCAAGUUCAGCCAGUACGAGGCCCAGCGGAAGCUCUUCUCCGAGCACGACGUCUUCCUCGGCGACGACCGCGUCAUCAACCGCCUCCCCAAGGUUCUGGGCAAGACGUUUUACAGAACCACCACCAAGCGGCCCAUCCCCGUGGUCUUCCAGUCCAAGGCCGCCAAGCCGGACGCCAAGAAGGGGAACGACAAUAAGUCGGCCAGGGGCAGGGGCAGCAACGGCGCGAACGGCCAGGGGCAGCUCAAUGCCGGCUCCGCGGGAACCAUCGCCGCCGAGGUCGAGCGGGCCCUCAGCUCUGCCCUCGUCCACCUGACGCCGUCCCCCAACACGAGCAUCCGCGUCGGCGUCGCCCGGUUUUCGCCCGAGGAGCUCGCCGCCAACGUCGAGGCCGUGGUCGCCGGCCUCGUGGAGAAGUGGGUGCCGCAGAAGUGGAAGAACGUCAAGAGCAUCUACGUCAAGGGCCCCGAGACGGCGGCGCUGCCCGUCUGGCUGACGGAGGAGCUGUGGCUCGAGGAGAAGGACGUCGUCGCAGAGCUUCCCGAGCAGGACAAGAAGGCGAUCAAGGAGAAGCCUAACAUUGGGAAGAAGCGCAAGGCCCCCGAGGCCGUGACGGAGGAGAAGCAGGGCGAGGAGGGAGCGGCCGGUACUGGUACGCCUGCGAAGAAGGCGAAGAAGGAAAAGAAGGAGAAGAAGGAGAAGGCUGCACUGCCGACGAGUAACGACGAGGAACUCGAUAAGCAGAUUGCCGAGCGCAAGACGAAGCUGAAGAAGCAGAAGGCGAAGGCCAAGGCAGCGCUCGAAGACUAGGGUUCCUGUUUCGGUUGAAAAGGGGCAAAAGAAAAAAAAAAGGAAAGAGUGGGGGGGGGGG